GUCUCCUCCCUGGUGAUGCUCUGCCUGGAUCCCUACUACCGGACCCAGGAGGGAUUCUUAAAGCUGGUGCAGAAGGAGUGGUGCUCCUUUGGCCACCGCUUCCGCACGCGUUUGGCCAUCGGUGAGCAGCCGACGGCUGAGUACAGCCCGGUCUUCAUCCAGUGGUUGGAGUGCGUGUUUCAACUCCAGCAGCAAUUCCCUGACACCUUCGAGUUCGCACCGCCCGUGCUGAUUCGACUUGCGGACGAGGUCUUUAGCAACCGCUACGGCACCUUCUUCUGCGACAACGAGCAGGAGCGACGGAAAGUCGAGAAGCAGACGCUGUCCCUUUGGACGACGCUCCUCGACGAGAGAGAAAUGUGGCGAAGCACCUCGUACCGCCCCGGGCGGACGCAGAUGCUGCCCAGCCUCUGCCAGGCCAACUACACCAUCUGGGAAGCCUACUGGUUCCGCUUUCACCCGCGAGGGGCCGCCGCAGGAGGUGAGCCACCCUCGCCGACGAAGAAGGCCGAAGCGACGGCGGAUCCCUUCGCCCCGACGUUCCUGGGCCCGGCGAGCACGGCCUCGGCCACCAGCGCCCCUCCGAGCCUUGCGGAGCCCUCGCCGGUGAACGCCGAGGUCGAGGCCGUGGCGGCCCCGUCGCCAGAGCCAAGCGCUCCGGCGAAGGAAGGCUCCCUCUUCAGCACCGCCGAGCUCGCUGCGCCCAAGAAGCCUUCGCCAGCGGUGGCGCUCUUCACGGAUGACGACGAGGACGUCUUCGCCACCAAGCCGAAGGUGCCCGAAGCCGAGCGAGAAGCCGCGGCCGUGAGAGAUGCCUAG